ACCGGUCAACCUCAAACAUCCAUAUCGUUCCGGUUGCUCCACCGACAAUUCGCAGCAGUUAUUAUCUUUUCUCUGCUUUAUCGAAUCGACUUUCAUUUGAUCAUCCUUCCACCUACUAGCGCUAUUUGAUCCGUGCGGUCUCACGAGGGGUGCAUCAUGUCGGCCACCGCGGACUCCAAAGUCGAUCCCGCAUCCACCGCCCCUAACGACUCAAACCUGAGUUCCCAGCCUCCUGUCAUCAACUCUGAGGAGCUUUCUGGUCCUACCUUUCGUGAGAAUGCCCAACUGGAGAGCCAGGAGCCCAGUUCGUCGGAUGCGAAACCUACAGAUGGCGAUGAUAACAUUACGUCAACCCCUGCUCCCAAGCAGAUCCCUGUAGACGCUGCUCCAUCGGCCAGCGCAUCGCCUGAGCAUUACGAUGAGGCGAAGGCUACGGCGGCUGGCUCGGAGCUACCAUCCCAGGGAUCAGACGAUACCGCCAAAGACGAGGAGGACUCCGGUCCAUCCUUGGUAAUCACUCUGUUGUUGAUAACGGGCUCGCGACACCCAUUUAAGAUCGAUGGGAAAUAUCUUCGGAAGCGGUCGGUCAAUGUGGAAAAUCAUGAUCCAUUUGCCAUGAGUGUAUACACAUUGAAGGAAUUGAUCUGGCGUGAAUGGCGUCAAGAUUGGGAACCGCGGCCGUCAUCGCCCAGCUCCAUCCGGCUCAUCUCAUUCGGCAAGCUACUAGAUGAUAAGGCCCCAUUGUCAGACUCCAAGUUCAGCCGGGACGCUCCCAACGUAGUCCACAUGACCGUGAAGCCCCAAGAAAUUGUCGAUGAAGAAGACGCAAAGACUUCCAAAAGCCAAUACCCACGGGAGCGAGAGUCCAGCGAGCGUAGCCCUGGCUGUCGCUGUAUCAUUCAAUGAGUGGGAGUCGUUAUCGCUCAAGGAGACGAUAGAAUCACAUAUCAAAGGCGGUCCUCCAUGCUGUGCUCUUCAGGAGCCGCCAACAUCCCGUUGCCCUUUGCUACUGAUGCAAAGGCUAAGCUAGCUUGCCUGUGCCGCUGAAGAUUCGACACGAGCCUUCUUCUGGCCCCUU